AUGGAUAAUAAUUAUUCCCAAUACUCAAGUCCAAUGCAUUUACUCUCUAAUGUUGCUUUUAAAAAAGCUAUUCUGUAUAAUAGCAAUGGCAAUCGAAGCAAUUUAACUGGAUAUAAAAAAUUCUAAUCUGUAAAUGAGUAUUAAAAAAGAUUUUUCCCUCUUCUUUAAAACGAAUACUAUAGGUCAAUUGCUAGAGAUAAAAAGAGCUUUCUAUAUGGACUACAGGAUGGAGAAUCAUUUCCAUUAAAAUUAAAAAUUAUUACAUGUGAAUUAGAGGAUAAUGGUCCAUUCAAAAUUAACAUUGAAUCUGAAUUAGAAGAAUUGGAUCCUAAAAUAACUAAAAAAUCAUUAUGGAAAUACAGACAUUAUUCUGAUUACUUAAUUUUCAAAGAGUCGUCUUCCUACAUUGGAGCAAUAUAUAUGAGGAAUUUAGAUUAAUUAAAUGACUAUUACACAUCUUUGGCAAUAUUUAGAAAGAAAGAUGAUGAUUAGCACAUUUUGGUCCCAAAUAACAUAUUUAAAUAUUUCCCUGUUGACAUAUUAGACAGCCCAUUUAUAUAUUUUCAACCAUUCUGUCCUUUAAGCGCCUACCAAACAGAAACAGAUUGCCUAUUUUUAUUAUAAUAAUGUCCUUAUUUUGAUUUGAUAUUGAAUCCGAUCGAAUAAUUAAAUCAGGUACAAACUUCUGAAUUUGCCUAAUAUGUAAAUGAACAACGAUAGUAUUAUAUUUAAAAUGAAGUAUUUAAAAGACAUUUUAAUGAAGAACAAUUACUUGCCAUCAAGAUGGCCUUGGAUUAUCAUCAAAGAUUUACUCUUAUAAAGGGUCCUCCAGGUACUGGUAAAACCCAAACUAUUUUAGGAAUUAUAUCAAUAAUGGCAGACCUACUGGUGCAGAAAGAUAAAGAAAAUGAAAAAUAAGGGGGAAUUUUAGUUUUAGCCAAAUCAAAUAGUGUGGUAAAUGAUUUAGUAAGAAAAAUUCAAAAAAACAUUGAAGAGUAGAAUUCAAUUAUUUAUUGUUUUAAUUAAAAGCCAGAUUUCUUAAAAGUUAUUCGGUUUGGAAGACCGGGUUUGUGUGAGUCAGAUAUUGAAGAAAAUAGUUUAGAAAUUCUAUCUCAAAAGCAAUUCUUUUAAUAAUUUACAAAUAAAGUAAGCUAGAUUGAGAAUAAGCAUAUAACUGAAGAAAUCCAGAAUAUGUUGAAAACUAAAAACCUAAUGGAUUAUAAAGAAUUUUUAUUAAUUUAUAAAACAUAAAUAACACUGAUUUCAUUAUUAAAUUUUAUAGAUGAUCUAAAUAGAUAAUGUAAGAAACCAAAAAUAUUAAAUGCAUAUGGUAAAUUUUAUGAAGAAUUAUCUUAACUAUUAAAAACAGAAAAAAAGAUAUAUGAAGGUAUUGAAUAAAGUUAGAUUUAAAAUUGUCGUGUUAUAGUGUCUACUUUAAAUAGUUGCACAAAGGAAUGUUUAAGAUCUUAUUUUGAAAGAGUUCAUUUUCGAAUGUGUAUUGUUGAUGAAGCACCUACAGCUUUGGAACCCUCAUAAUUGAUUCCAAUGGUGAAAUACACUAAUAAUUCAGAAGAUAGUGUUGCUUGUCCAAUUGUUGUUUCUAGAGAAUCAAAAGAUUAUGGUUAUAAUCGAUCUUUAUUUGAGAGAUUGGCUGAUGGAUUAAAUUAAAGUACUGUCUAGUUGUUUUCUUAAUACAGACAAAUGGAAAAUUUAGCUUAAAUUACUUCAUAAUUAUUUUAUGAUGGAAAACUCAUCAAUGGUAUUAAGAAUAUGUAGUUGCCGCUUUGGAUAUUAUAGAAGGUGUCCAAUAAAAAAAAUAGAUUAUUUUUUAGUGCUCCCCCUAACACAGAAAGUAGGGAUGAAACAAGCAGAAAGAAUGAUUUAGAAUGCUAAGCAAUUAUUCAUUUAGUUAAAUAUUUAUUAUAGGGUUUGGAUAUACAAGAACAUAAGAAUCCAAUUACUGUUAUAAGUUGUUAUGCAGCCUAGAAAAAAAAAUUUAUAACGAAAAUUGUAGGAUGA